UGUUUGCAUUUCAAUUGUAAUAGCAAGGUCUAGAGUGGGAACUAAUUUCGCCCAUCUCAAUAAAUCCCUGGCGGAAACGAGUUUUCCGUGCUUAAAAAAUAGUUGGCUGCAAGUUUCUAUUAUUAGCUGUUAAUAACUUUGCAAUGUGAUCCACCAGGCUCCUGCGUCAGACUAUACGCUCCACACAGUGCAUGUCAAUUUCCAGCCGAGGCGGCAUGUGAUCCUUGCAUCCUCGCGCGCACAGAAGCUGGGUACCAAACUCGUGACCAUAGGGAGGCAGGUUACUCGCAGAUUACAUUCGCUCCUCUUCAUGUGAUGGUAUUAAUUCCGGGCAUUAUUUCUGUUUAAGGACACUAGAGAUCACACCUUAUUUGCAUCAGUUAAGAACACAGAAGAAGCAGAGCUUGACCCUCCUGUCUUCACCUUGACAGUUUUUGGGCCUCUUAUCCGAUCCUCCCCCCCACCCCUGACCGGGUGUGUCCCUCUGUCUCCGGGUCACCCCCUCCUACCGAGCCUUUGUGUGCUUUUUCGUCCGCGGGUCCACCCACCCAGGAGUCCCCGAUGCCUAAGAACAGCAAAGUGACCCAGCGCGAGCACAGCAAUGAGCACGUCACCGAGUCGGUGGCCGACCUGCUGGCCCACGAGGAGCCGCUGGACUACAAGAGCAGUGUGAUGAAUGUGGGCGGGGCCGGCGGGGUCCCCGGCCAAAGGGGAAAGGGACCUGAUGACACGCUGGACGCCAGCGACGGCCGGCCCGCCUGGAACAGCAAGCUGCAGUACAUCCUGGCCCAGGUGGGCUUCUCUGUGGGGCUGGGCAACGUCUGGCGUUUCCCCUACCUGUGCCAGAAGAACGGCGGAGGAGCCUACCUGGUCCCGUACUUCAUCCUCCUCCUCAUCAUCGGCAUCCCGCUCUUCUUCCUGGAGCUGGCGGCGGGCCAGAAGAUCCGGCGCGGGAGCAUCGGGGUGUGGAACUACGUGUGCCCUCAGCUGGGUGGCAUCGGGGUGUCCAGCUUGAUGGUUUGUGGCUUUGUGGGCCUCUACUACAAUGUCAUUAUCGGCUGGAGCAUCUUCUACUUCUUCCAGUCCUUCCAGUACCCCCUGCCCUGGAGUGAGUGCCCAAUAAGGAAGAAUGGAACACAAGCCAUCGUGGAGCCAGAAUGUGACAAAAGCUCGGCCACCACCUACUUCUGGUACCGCGAGACGCUCAACAUCACCAGCACCAUCGCCGACAGCGGCGGCCUCAACCUCAGGAUGACCCUGUCCCUGCUGGCCGCCUGGUUCAUCGUCUGCCUGGCCGUCAUUAAGGGCAUCCAGUCCUCCGGCAAGGUGAUGUACUUCAGCUCCCUCUUCCCCUACGUGGUCCUCUUCUGCUUCCUGGUGAGAGGGCUGCUGCUGAGAGGGUCCGUGGACGGCAUCGCUCACAUGUUCACCCCCAAGCUGGAGAAGAUGCUGGAGCCGCAAGUGUGGCGUGAGGCCGCCACGCAGGUGUUCUUCGCCCUGGGCCUGGGCUUCGGCGGCGUCAUCGCCUUCUCCAGCUACAACAAGCUGGACAACAACUGCCACUUCGACGCCGUGCUGGUCUCCAUCAUCAACUUCAUCACGUCCGUGCUGGCCACCUUGGUCGUGUUCGCCGUGCUCGGCUUCAAGGCCAACAUCAUGAACGAGAAGUGUGUCAUCGAGAAUGCAGAGAAGAUCCUGGGGUACCUGAACUCCAACGAGCUGAGCCACGACCUCAUCCCGCCACAUGUCAACUUCUCCCACCUGACCAGCUCUGACUAUGCUGAGAUGUACGGCGUGAUCAAGACGGUGCGGGAGGGCAGCUUCGCCAAGCUGGGCCUGGAGCCCUGCCUGUUGGAGGAUGAGCUCAACAAGGCGGUGCAGGGGACGGGCCUGGCCUUCAUCGCCUUCACAGAGGCCAUGACGCACUUCCCGGCCUCACCCUUCUGGUCCGUCAUGUUCUUCUUCAUGCUCAUCAACCUGGGCCUGGGCAGCAUGAUCGGCACCAUGGAGGGCAUCACCACGCCCAUCGUCGACACCUUUAAGGUGCGCAAGGAGCUCUUCACAGUGUGCUGCUGCAUUGUGGCCUUCCUCUGUGGCCUGCUGUUCGUGCAGCGGUCGGGGAACUACUUCGUCACCAUGUUCGACGACUACUCUGCCGGCCUGCCCCUCACCAUCGUGGUCAUCCUGGAGAACGUCUCAGUGUCCUGGAUCUACGGCACCAAGAGGUUCAUGCAGGACCUGGAGGACAUGCUGGGCUUCCGGCCCUACCGCUUUUACUACUUCAUGUGGAAGUACGUCUCCCCGCUCUGUCUAAUCGUGCUCAUCGCUGCCACCAUCAUAGAGAUGGCCAUCAGCCCACCGGGAUACAACGCCUGGGUGCAGGACCUGGCUAUGGAGCGCUUCCAGAGCUAUCCGCCCUGGGCACUGGCCAUGUGCUUCGCCCUGAUCAUCGUGGCCAUGCUGCCGCUGCCCGUGGUCUUCAUCGCCCGCCGGUUCAACCUGAUCUCCGACGGCUCCAACAAGCUGUCCGUCUCCUACAAGAAGAGCUGCAUGAUGAAGGACAUGUCCAACUUGGAGGACCAGGACGAGACGCGCUUCAUCCUGGGCAAGAACCCCAGCGAGACGCCCUCUCCCAUGCCCACCCACCGCUCCUACCUGGGCCCCGGGACCACCUCCCCGCUGGAGAUGACCAGCGCCGCCCCAAACAGCCGCUACGGGACCGGUUAUCUGAUGGCCACCACGCCUGAGUCAGAGCUAUGAUCCCCGCCCCUCCCCUCCCCCCCCAGCGAGCUCCGCCAGGCCCCGUCGCACCCCUUACAGAAAGCAGCACCAGGGGGCGCCGCAGCGUUCCUCACACCUUAACCCCGUCCCAUACGCCGAAGGGCCUGCCGCUGUCGCGGGACGCCCGGCUCUACUUUAGCCUCUGAAUUUUAAUGUAGCCCUUUCUCAGUCUCCCUUUUUCUAUUGUGAAGGUGAGCGAGAGUACCCAUGCCCUGCCUGCAAGCUUUACAGACAUCCAAAUCACGUAGUCUGUGCAUGUCAUUCGUCAAAUGGCUCAAGCCCUCGAUUUUGCCAGCAAACCAGAUUCCUAACAAUUAAUCUGAGAGGAACUGCUUUCCCAGGGUAGUUGUAAGACACUGGGAGAGGCAUUACCAGUGAGAGCAGGCAUGCAGGCAGGGGGUUGGUGGGUGCCUAAACGUCCCCACAGGACUCUUUUCCUGUGCACUGCAAGGUUAGUAUGGGUUAAGGUGUCCGAAACACUGCAACACUCUGUGACGCCCCAGAGGAUGCGCUAUGCAGUACUUUUUUGUUUGUUUGUUUGUUUGUGAGCGCAGUUUCGGAAGCAGGAGAACCCCAGAAGGGGAGGAGUGAAGGAAGAAAGAACUUCUGACUACUUUUUAAUUUUCCUGAAAAAAGGUGUAAAAUAUGGUAGAUAAGUAAGUAGUUAACUAGGACAUAUAUAGUGGGAGAGUCAAUGUAACAUUUUACACAAACAGACAACUCUGUUUCUUUGUUUGCUUAACAGAUAGCUUUAUACAGUUUCUUUUACACCACUGAAUAUUCACUGAAACAGUGCAGUGCUCAGGGGUAACGCUGCAGGUGCUCAGGGGUAACGCUGCAGGUCCUCAGUCAGAAUUCAAAUCUGCACCUGGCAAGUUUCACAUCCAGUGUUCAAGCUAUGCUGCCAUCUGGUGGAGAUUUUGUUAAACUUACUUAUGCUGUUCUGACCUCCUGAGGUUUUGGCUUUAAAAAAAUUACAUGUGGGCCCCAAUUCCAAUAGUCUAAAUAUUCCAGACAGUUUCUGUUAUACCGGUAAAUACACAUUAGAACCAGGUGACAAUACAGUACUCAUACAGGCUAGUAUUAAUAGCCGGUGAAAGCAACUGAAAGAAGACAUUGGUGCUUUCUGGAAAUGAACUGAGGCACUGAGAGUUGCCAUUUUAAUGGAAUAAAAGCUGUUGCACACCGGGCUGACCUGGUGAACUGAUCUGUGAACUGGCCACAUUCAAUGAGUGAAAAAAUUCUGUUUGAAUUAGAGUUGUAAAUGUCAUGUAGAUAUUAGUGGAUGUAAACCAGGACUAUACAUUUCAAAUCUGGUAAAUGCAAUUUUUACCAGUUUCUCACACUGAAGAUCAAACCCAUCAGUUUGAAGAGGUUGUAAAAAACCACUGUACCAAUAGGAUUCAUUACCCAAACUUCUUUAUCCCUUCAUAGUUGACCUGUUGAUCUCCCACUAUAUAUCCUGUGAAUUUGACCAAUAUUGCAGUUUUGCAUUGUGUAGGCGUCAUAUUCCACAAUAUUAUGUAUUCUAUAUCUGUACAAAUGUGUGUGUGGGAGAGGUGGACUUAGGCCAUUUCUCCCAUUUCGUUUCUGUCAAAGCUGUGGUGAUGUGCAUUUGCACCUGGUGCCAUAGAGAAUUUCCAGUACUGGCGCCUCCCCCAUAGGAAAAUUACUAGGUCUUACUGUAGGUAGUGUAGCACCUCCACAUUCCGCGCUAUGUAAGAUGUCAACUCGUGUCCACUAUGUUUAAAAAAAGCAGGUACCGACCCAGGUCCGCCUCCGCAGAAGUCCAUUCUGUUCGGUGAAGGAGGAGGGAGGCGCGGCCCGUUGGGCCGCUGUUCGUUGAGCUCGUGAAGCAGUGAUUCAUGAAGCAUUAGAGGAAGGGCAUUGUGCAAUAACGCCAGCGGGCCGUGACAUUCGCCAGCCGCGAGGUGCGUCGGCUCCGCUCCUUGCUGUGCUUUUAAAGCCUGAAAAAUAACAGAUCAGUGUUUGGAAAAGACGGAAGGGGUCCUCCCCAGGGCGUCGGUGUGAAAACGGUGGUAAAACGGUGGAUCCAAAAAGUCUCCACGGAUGAGAUGAGAUGUAAGGUCCCAGGCUGUUGCUCUUCAUGAAUCGCAGGGCCAUUUGCUGGGUUAAGCAGAACAUCUCCUGAAGCCUCAACUGCGGAGUUAUUCAAUCCUGUUCCUGGAGGGCAAUAAUAAUUGUCGGCUUUAACCAACAAUUAGGCAAUCCAGCCUCCCUGAGUACCUUUGAAUGUUAGUGGUUUAAACACAAGGAGAAAAAAAAAUGCUGAGCUAGGGUAAUCUAGGACUGGAGUUGUGAAACCCUGCACAAUGGCUUCUCCAAUUACAAGGCAGAAUAAUAAUGACAGCACAAAAUGUAUGUUCAGUCUAGGGAAAAUAGUAGAGACAGAAUCACCAAAACCCAAAAGUAUGCUUUCCUCAGAUCAGGAGUUCAAUCAGUUCUUGUGUGUGGAGCUAUACUUUUUCCAUUAUGAAUUGUCACAAAGGUGAAAUGAAAUGUGAGUGUGUUCAAAAGGACCAAAUGUAAAAUGUUUAAAACAUCACAGAGAGGGAAAUAAAAAUUACCACUAGAUGUCACUAUUUAUCAAUAAUGUGGUAAAUGCUAUGCUCUCAAACAUACUUGGUCACAUUUAUAAAAAUGACCAAUAAGCCAUAAUGGCAUAACAAGAAAACAAAUACUUUCAUAUAUUUAGUGAUGAUCUUAUUUAAUUUUAUUUAUUGAUUCUGCUUUACUCGUUGAUUGUCGUAUGGGAUGUAUCUGGAAAACGUCCUGACUCGUGUUGAGAAUCACUGCUCUUCUUGAAUGACUGCUUUGGAUUUUCUGCAACCACUCCCCCUGCCCCCCUUCCUCUGCCCCACACCCCAGUUAAUGCUUAAAGUGACACAGGACACAUUUUUCGUGAAGCACAGUUUCAUAUAGGUGCCUAAGUAUCCGAUUCAUCUCUGUUGAUCUAAGCCCAAUGUUGUAUAAUGCUCUGUAAAAGCUUAUUAUAGUGUUGUGACAGUAGUUCCAUUAUUGAUUGGUUAGGCAUAACCAGUUUGUGCACUUUAUUGUAGGCGGGGGCACUGGAGUUGUGUCACUUUCAUUUUAAGCACAGAUUAAAAAUCAAGUCCGAGCCUGUCUCACCAUUAUCACAUUUUGUCCCCACAAGCUCUUGACCUUAAUAUAACUGACAUAUUACGAUCAUGCUUCUACUUGUAUCAAUGUUAUUUCCAUUUCUUCUGUGUGUUUUCCCCUUUCUGGCUGUGUUAAUGCACAUGUGGAGCACACAGUUCUGUACAAGCACAGGGCAAGCACAAUAUCACAUGACAGCACACAAAGUAUUGGACCGCAGUCACUUUAGGAAGUUGCUGCAUUACAAUAAUCAGGAACUCUUAAUAUUAGGUAAUCAAUUUCAUGAUGUAAUUACAUUGCAAAUACCAUAUAGCUAAAGCACAGGUUAUUUGUAUGAUUCCAGUCCUAACCACAGACUUAAACUUUAGAUCUUCAUCUGUGACCCAGAAUUCAACAUUUUAACUUUACCCCAACCCUAAACCUGUCACCAAAUUCUAAAAGGUAUCUGAUGAUUUUCACUUGCAUGACAGAUGAACAGUAUUGACCUAUUUAAAUGUGGUGUAAUUAGAUUGAUGAAUUGGUUGCUUAAUUUUGGUACCCAAGAGUAAA